AUGCGUCGCGAGGCACUGGAGGUCUUCUACUCCAACGUCCAUCUCGACUUCUACAAUGUUAACCUCGGCACAACGCUGUCCUUCCUCCGCGACGUCCUCCCCGCGCGAGGGCCUUGCGAGGGCUGGGCCGCUGGGGCCGUCGCCAGCGGCUACCCGGCCUCGAUGCUCGAGCGGGUCGCGGGACCGUAUUGGGGCGGCGGCCCGGCGCCCCGGCUUGAUUACGAGAACGACUGGCGGGCGAUUGUAGCCUUUGUCGCGGAGUGUGCUGACCUCCCCCACCUCAGCAUCACCGUGGACAUGGACGAGUGCGCCUGGCCCUUCAUCGAGGACACCCUGAUGUGGGACGACGAGCCUGAUCUUUCUUGGUUCCGGUUCGUUUAUGACCUCUACAUUGACGUGGCCACGGCAACGUGCUCACUAAAAGGACUCGGCGAAGUGAACCUCGAGCUCGGUGUGUUUGAGCAGAUGAGGCUUUGGCUGGAAAGAGGGGUGCUCCGAUACCAUAGGGAGCGCACUUUGAAGUCGCCCCACGCCCGGAUGCUCGAAGAGCUCCUGUGGCGGCGGCCUCGCUUUUAUCAAGCCAUGCCGCGCUGGCACAACGUGAACCGGAGGCUAGAAGGAUCAAAUUACAAGCCUGAUCCAUAG